CGUGCGCGUGCACGAACUGUAGGUCUGUGAGGAAGGAGAAGAGUUUGUUUGUGGAUAAAGAUGUCUCAGGGAAACGGUUUAGUGAGUGUUUUAGAGCCGUGUGACAGCAGCAGCCAGAGCAGUGUGAUAUGGACCCAGUUAAGGGACAUGGAGGACACUGUAGAGCGCGGUGUGGAGUAUGACAAGUGCUCUGUGUUUCACUGUGCUAAUGUGAAGUGUAACCUGGUGCUGGGGGACUCUUUAGGAGCCUGUGGAGAGCUCCAGGGUCUCAGGGCCAUUAUUUGUCUCAAAAUCUGCAAGGAUGUGAGAAUAAGAGGAAAGAUGGAGAUGAGUAAAGAGGGUCCUCUUAAAUUCUGCACUUACAAAGCCCUGGAAUGUCCCGGUUGUCGUGGGUUUGUCGGUUUGGUGCUGUGUUCAACGCCGCAUCACUUGUCCUCUCUCAGAGGCCUCUUCUUGUUGCUGAAAGAAGCAGUCAGCUGCUACAUGCUGAAAAGCUGCACCAUCGUGAAAGCUUCCAAACUCUGCUUUGAGAACAGAGCGCUGGGAAGAACAAUCAGUGAGAUGAAACAGGACCUGGAAGCUCAGCUGAAACGCGUGGAACUUCUGAAGGACAUGAUGACCGAUGACAGCAGACUGGGACACAGCCAUCUUUCUCUGUCCACCACCGUCUCCCAUUAGUGUCUCAGACUGUCGUUUAUUAGAUUCCUCUAAGUUUAUGCAUGUAUUGAAAUAUUUCUUAAAUAAAAAUAUAUAUUUUUCUUCCUGAA